CAGGGUGUUUUCAGCGGCUCGCGCGGCGAAACACUCUCGCGCUAAACUUUUCCCUCGCACAGGCAAAACACAUCCCCACUCCAAAAUUCCCCACGCAUCCCGCGCCCGACCGCCCCUCCCCAAUCCCUAGUCCCCCGCCGCCAAACCGGAGCCCGCUGCCGCCAAUCCGGAGCCCGCCGCUGUCGCGUCUCCUCCUCCGCACGACCAUGCUCCACCACGGCGCCGGCCCGUCCCACACUCGAGGCCUGCCGCCCGGCUCCGCCGUCCCUGCCGCCCGCUGUAGCCGCACUGGCCGCCGCCGGCAGGCCGCCCCUCUGCACCUCCGCCACCGCCGGACCCUUCUACCUCCGCUGGGCUGCACCACAUCCUCGACGCCGGCGCCGUCGCUCUUGCCCACUGGAGCUCACGGCCCCUACACAGUCGGCCGCCGCCCCUCACGUGCCAAGCUCGGGCGGGCAGCGGCGGGCGCUGCCGUGCGGGCUACGGCUGCGGCGCGUGCCGUGCUUGGUCGAGCGGAGGGCCGGAGCUGUGCCUGGUCGCGUCAGCGGAAGACGCCAGCCAUCGGCAAGCCGCAGCCUCUCAGCACGCCAGCAGCUCGGCGCCUCGGCCAGCACGUCGGCGGAAGACACUCGGGCGACCAGCAGGCAGCAGCACGCCAGCUGCAGACCUCUCAGGUGGUGUCCUCCUCCGGGGUGGGCGCACUCGGCCGCGCCUUCUGGCGCACCACCCUUGGCUACUUCGUCUGCUACGAUCCGCUGGCGGCCACCGCGGAUUUGGUCCCCGCGCCCCAGGAGGUGAUGCAGUGGCCGUACUGGGAGCUCGGCGAGAUGGAGGGGUUCCUCUGCGUCACGUUCAUGGACGAGCUCGUCAACCAGGUGGUGGUGAUCCGUCUUCACUUGGAGCACCGCGCCGGCGAGAUCUCGUGGACUACUCUGGCAGGCCAUUUUGAAGGCGGCUGUCUAAGGAACCGCGACGGGGUGAUUUUGCUACGCUCGCAGGGCCCCGCUGAGGUGCUGGUGUGGGAUCCUAUGGCCGAGCUCGUCGUCGCCAUGGACCUCGAAGGACGCACCACUCGCACCAUCGGGCCCCUCUCCGGCCUUCAGUACUAUGCGGAUUUCAUCCCUUACGUGAGCUCAUCCACUGGGAUCUUCGGCGAUGAUGAAGCGAAUGCUGAAUGUACUAUUGCACAAGAUUCAGCAGAGUCAGAUAAAAAGUAG